AUGAUGAUAUUCUUCAUUUAUCUAAAGGAUGAUGCACAUAUUUUCUGCAGGGAGUCCCAGGUUAAAGAUGAAGUGAGAAAAGCCUUGGACUUCAUUGAUUAUGUCUAUCAAAUAUUUGGUUUCACAUAUGAACUGAAACUUUCAACGAGGCCAGAGAAUAAGCUUGGAGAUGAUGAAACGUGGGAUAGGGCUGAAAGUGCUCUCAAGGAGGCUUUGGAUGAGUUUGGCAAGCCAUGGCAGUUGAAUGAAGGGGAUGGUGCAUUCUAUGGACCAAAGAUAGAUAUCAGUGUAUCUGAUGCAUUGAGUAGGAAAUUCCAGUGUGCAACUCUACAGGUUUACACUCUUUGGCUUGACUUGCAUUCACAUGGUUCAGUUGUUAAUUAUUUUUACUGA